AGAUAUAACAUUCAUGCUAACGCAAUGGAUCGUGUUCGUAUGCUACAUCGUAUUACAGAUAUAAUCUUCCAGUAGAUUCUAGUACUUUCUAACGAGAUCUUCCAGCUAUAAGUAUACUACUUUCUUCCAUUAUUGUUUUCCUCAAACAAUUGAAAUAACACGAAAUAUUCGGAUCUUCGCAUUACUCGAGAAUUACUAAAUUAACAAGAAUAAAUACAAGGUUCGUUACAGAUACGAUCUUACGGUACAUUCUAAUAUCUUUUAAGAACAUUUCUAUCUUCUCUAUCUCGAAACACUCGUUACACAAACUUUCCAAGAAAACCAUCCUUCUCUUCUCAACGAAUACACCUAUACGUACUAAAUAAUUCCACCUUUCACGCAACAAUUAAAUCUCGCGAUCGAAAGGAGCAACCUUGACGCUACAGACCAAGAAGAUGCCGGAUCUAUGGCGGGGCAAAAGAAACGCGCGGUUUCCACGUACCGAUCACGAUCGAUCGAUCGAUUGAUAUUCAACGUGCAUGUUAAUGGGCAAUUAAUAGUCGCACGGCACUCGUAUCGUCGCAUACGCGGCGUGCCGGCGGCGGGGGCCAGGGAUGCUCUUUUCAAGCUAGACGGUUUUGUAAUCUCGGUGUCUCUCCCGGCGUCUCCCGGCGUCUCAUUCGUAUGCGGUCGACGUGGCCGCGAACGAGCUUAUAAGUAACGCAGUAAUGACACAGGCUGUCAUGGCGCGGAACAGUUUUCUCGGCUCCCAUUGUCGUUAAGCGGUUGGCCGCAGCUGAUUUAUCGGCGCCGCCAGGGAAAUUCCGCGCGCGGAUCUCUCGCCGGAUGCCUGGCUGCCUGUUCCACGUAUAUCUGCCUACGUGCAUUAACGUUGUUUUUCAUCGAACGGGAUCUAGCUGAAGGAUCUAAGCAUCAGAGGUUCGCAAGCGUUGCACAGAAUUUAGAAAAGGAGCUUCGAACAGGGUGAUUUUCGAAGAAUUCUUCGUCGAGCAUUUUAAGAGACGAAAUUGGUAUAUUCACGGUGCUCGUUGAGCGCGUACGUGAAUUUUCGCUCAAAGGGUCGUUAAGUUGACACUUUUACGUGUAAAAUAAUCGAAUUAGGAAUAUCAUUGGAGCUUUUGGAGAAGUUUCUGAGAGUUUCACGAGAAAAGUUUGGGAGAGAGGUUCGCUGACAGUGUAUUUAUGACCUCCUGCGCUUAGGAAGAUAACUGAGAUUAAAUUUUUGUACAAAUAAUCGAAUUAGGGAUAUUAUCAAAGGUUUCGAAAGGGGUGGAUUUUGAAGAUUUCGUGGUUGAGAAUUUUGAGGAUCUUGAGACGAAAGAUAGCAAGAACGAAAGAUGGUUAGACAGACUUUACUUAGUUUACUUAGACAAGUAACGACUGAAAUUACAUGAAGCUUUUAAAACGAAAAUACGUGUUGUUAACAUAAAUACAGAAUUCUUUCCUAUAUCUAAUAUAUACAUAUCUGUAUUUUUUUUCACUUUUUAACGAUAAAGUUAGAAAAGCAGGUUUGUAGAUCGACCGAGUAAGCGGAUCGAUAAGAGGCAAUAAAUCGAUGCCUCGUGUCGUAAAAUGAAAAAAUCGCGAAAUCCUAUUGGAAUACUUGUAUGAAUGUUUUAUCAUUGCGAAAGAAACCACGAUUAAAAAAAAGCCUUAGAAACACGUUAUCGAGCAGUGUUAUCAGAGAUUCUUGUAAAGAGGGGAACAUAGGGUUUGAAUAGCAUAUUCAUAUCGGUGUACUAUGUGCGAGUAUACACGGAGAUAGGCCGAUUUUUAUGACUAUCCAAGUAGACUAUCUAUCGAGCAACCGGCGUCUUAGCGUUGUCAUCGUUAAAUUUAGUCGAUGCACAACGAAGAGAUUUCGCGAAUCGAUUUGCAAAUAUUCACUGAUUCACGUUUCCAUGAAUUAUAAUCGAAAGUACACAAAUUGUUCGAUGUUAAUUAAAUUGCUACCUUAUAAAACUUUCCAAAUUCUUUAUAUAGAUGUUCGUGUAUUCAAACUCCGGAGGAACAACAUUUCGAUCAAGCAUCGAUCAAAUAACACCAGAGUAGAACAAAUUAUUCUAAUGCAACUUUUGCAUCGAACAUACGCUCUGCCGGUUAUUAAUAUAUUUCUAAUUGAUCUAUAAAUUAAAAAAAAAAAAAAAUGUGAAGUGGCUAAAAAGAGGAAAGAUCAUAGAACAGUAAAAUUACGGAAUUGUAUUCUCCGUAACAAUACGUACUCUUCAUAAGGAAAAAGGAACGAUUUUUUCAAUGUAACUCAUGUUCGAUAAACGUAUCCACCGUUUCGCGGCAACUGUUUUUACAUCGAGAACAGUCUGAAACAGGAAGGGAUAAAUAUUCCCGACAAAUUAUCGUUCUAGAUAUUACCAGAGAGAUAAUCGGCGAGAUAAGGACGCGUGCCUACAAAACUGUCCGAAGUGUAAAACCGAGAAACGAUACGACGUCCAAUUAAAACUGCUCCCAACGCGCAGCCUGUUUCAAUUCUUUUCUUUCUUUCCUCUCACCUCCGUUCUUGUAUUCUCUCUGUUCUUCGAUACUAAAACGGCACCGCUCAUCUGGCAUCGUUAAUUAAUCACGAAUAUUUAUUGCGUACUCACAUGCUCAUCCGCCUUGGUCUAUCUCGGGAGGCAAUUAGCGAAAUUAUUGCAUGAAAAGGAGAGAAAAAAUAUGUGCGAUUCCUCGCGAGCGCGAUUCACUGGCCCGUGUUCCACGGCCGUCGUCUCGCUGAAAGCACACUCCAGACAUCGACCGAUCGUAUCCUCGCAAUAAUUAGUUCAUUAAUGCCACAUUCGUUCCUCCUAUUCAAUUUCCCGAUUAUCCGCUUGAGGUAGAGCUUCUAACUCCGCCAUUCUUUCCAAUCGUCGCGUACCGAGCUUCGUUUACAUCGAAUUAGUUAUACCGUUCCUCUAUGGUAUUCCUGCGUUUCCUUCUCCCUUCGUAUCGUUUCCUUAAUUCCAAUCGUGAAUUAUAAUUUUCUGUAAUCUUUAUUAAGACAUCUAUGGUAUCUUCUAAUUAAGAAAUUUGCAGAGUAAAAGGAAAAUUUUCGAAACACCAAAUAUCAUCGAGUUGUUCUCAUCUUCGCAAUUGCGCAAUUUCCUCCAUCUUAUAAAUUCCAACCUUCCGCUAUUGCGGAAUUUCAAUCGUCGUCAAAUCUCCUGUAAUUUCUAUAGAUCCAAAUUUUUAUCGAACCAUCGUCAAAUUUUUUGCAAUUUAUUUUUAUCGAAUUUUAUCUGGAUAUUUGUCUGUUCCCUCCUAAUCUACCCGUCCCAAUUCUAAAAUACCUAAAACCUUAUCCAGAGUGCUUCAAUUGGGGUAGAAUUUGGAGAAUAGGAGGGCAAAUAUCGAGUACAAAAUCCUUUGAAAAGUGCAACCCUUCGUCUUCGAUAGGAAAGAUUCUCGCUUGAGCGUGGCUUUCCCGAGGAUCGGUAGGGCUGUCGCGAGCGGAAUCGUUCUUCAUCGAAGUUUCGAGGUCACUAGACAGAGGCAGACCAAUAGCGCGACAGACGGACAGACAGCAGGGCAAGUACACCGAUAACGACAAACUGGCCCGAGAAAAACGUCGGUGAAGCGAUAAAUCAGACCUAUUGCAUUCCUAAGAUAGCGCGUUGUCUGAAAGUCAUUACGCUGGCAAAAGUAAUUCCCAACUAAGUAAGUAAAGCAAUAAAUACAUAAUGCAUCCGGCGAGUUUCCCACACGCGUACUCGCUCGCUCGCUCGCUUAAGCGCGGGCGCACAGGCGGGCGACCGCGUUGCAGUCCCUCAUCGCGAUUCCAUGAAAUCAUGCAUCAGCGGGGACCACGCUGUGUGUCGCGGAUUUAUUUGCCACGCCACGCCGGAUCGCGACGCGAUUUCUUUUUCGCAAUCGCGCGCUCGAUCGUCGAUCGACCAAAGAAAAGGAAAAAAAAAAAAGAAUGAAACGAACGCUGCCUGAUCGUAUUGGAAUCGAGAGGGUGAGGUCGGACCAAAAGUUUCGUAUUCCGAUUCUGGAUACUUUUGCGCGAUAAUUUAGCAAAAUAAUGACGUUGGUGAAUUAUGUUAAGGAUUGUAGCUUAUAGUUUCUUAUUUUAGAAUUUCACACCGGCAUAGCAUGAUUGGAUGAUUCGUAAUUGUUGGAAGAUUACAAAGUUUCAUUUGAUUUAUUCUUAACUUUGUUGCAUUGUUACUAGAUUUGUGACUCGUAAAGUUCUACUAAUAGUAUUUUUGAUAGUAUGCAAAGAGUCCUAGUGGUCUCUUUUCACGUAAGAAUUGUUAAUGUACUUCUUGAAUAUUGGAUAAUUGUAUAUAUGUAGUUUAUUAAUCUGAUCGAAUGAAUCGCGUCAUCCAAGAUGAGAUAGUCUGGCGACUAACUUGACCAUAGAGAAUGUUUGGAAAUCGAUUUUCGGAUCGCGUUACAAAUGAAAUGUCACGAUAAUAUAGCGUUGGUCAUCGGUAGGUUAAAUUUGGAUGGUCGAUAAUUCUCGUAGCAUGGAAGGAGGAAGCGACAUUGUAUGAUUAUACAAACAGAUAGCAACAGUUUGAAUGGGGAAGAAAAUCAAAAGCUGGGAAUCUGAAUUUCCCUAAUUAAGAAGCCCCCGAGAGUUUCAAUUAACCGAUCCCUUUUUAAUAUUGCAUGAGCGUUUCGCGAGGAAAACGUGACGUUUGCAUACACACGCGGGCUCGAAAUUUCAGCCACGUUUCUCACGAGAGCCCUCUCUCCCUUUUUCCUUUUCCUUUUUUACGCCAGUAUAUUUACGCGAGUUCAAGGCACUUGGAAAUCGCGUCGCGCGUCGCGUCUGACCGCUGCUAAGGAGUUUCCACUGAAAUUCUCGUCCCACUGGCGUCGAUGGUGGUCGGGAAUGUUGGGAAAGAGGACGUUACGAUGGAGGAGCCGCAAUUUCUUCGGUGCCCGAUUGAAAUCCGCGCGCGAAUUUUUUUGCCAGUUCGCCGCCAGCAACGUUCGUUGUUUGUAAAGAAGUUUCUGUACUUACGGAGAAUAAUUCCGAUCGAAUCAGUCCAAUACUUUUCCAAGAGAUUCUCGGUUCUUUUUAAGAUUCCGUACGAGAUUUCCAUCUUCGUCGAUGAUUCCAAAGCUUUGCAUUCGACGAUUAUCAGGCUUAAACGAAGUUCCUGGAAUUAAACAGUUUUGAUAAGGUUGUUCGUCAUAGCGUUGAUCGAGGCGAUAGUUAAUUAAAAUUCGACGAAACACUUAGACGUUCAACUAUCGUUUCGUUAUCGUCGUUAGAUAAACGCUAAACGUGUGAUUGCACACGAUUGCAGGUUGCAAAUCGAUAAAGUCUUUGGAGACGAUGUUACACUCUUUGAGAUUAUCGAAGAGUUAUUAAGGCUUGCGAUCUAAUCCUUUUAACAUUCGUCCGAUAUCUUGCGAAAGCUAAAAACAGUUUUUUAUUUAUAAGUAAAUAUCACACAGAAUAUUCGAAAGCAUCGAAUGACGAAGCUAGAACACCAGCGAAGAAUCUCGACGGACCGCUAUUUCGUUCGCGAGCAUACGUGAACUCCAAGCUUCGUUUUAUAUUUUAAUUAAUUAAUUCGCUCGUUUGGUCUAGAUCGUUUCACGAAUAUCGAGAUAAUUAUUUAUGAGUUUACAGACGAGCGAGUGCGGCGCACUUUUGGCUACCACUCACACGUAAGCCGACGCUUUUAAUCGCGUGUAUGUAUAUGAGACACGAUAGCGUAAUACAACAGCGUUAUGCAUCUUUCGCAGCGCUCUGAUUAGUACACUGAAACCGCGGCCACCUUGCCGGCACGCUAAUUACUUUGUAUCAGCUUAAACUUCCUCGGUUUUCAGCGUAGUUACGUCUCAUUGUAGCUUUUAUUUGCCUUUUAUGGGCCAAUAAAGCAUCCGAGCACCGCCCCCGCUAACAAGUCUCGUAAUUAGGAAAUACAUACGCUUUACACACGAUUCUCCUGCUAUGCUGAUGGUCUAAUUAAGCCAGACAUCGUGACUAUAUUAAAAAACAAACAUCGAUGAGCAUCGAUCGAGCCGAGAUCCCAGACCGUGAAUCAGCUGACGUGCACGCUUGACUUUGUUGCGAUGCAAUUUGCAAGUCAUACGAAUGUAGAUGAAUUUGUGAAUAUAAAAGACGAGAUCGCAGAUCGUCGAAUACGUCGGUCUCGUUUGGAACUUUCGAGUUGACGCCUGAUGAAACGUGAAAAAUUUAAAAAAACGAUAUUCUCAAUGGUGUAGUAUCUGCAAGCACACGAUCUCGCUAUUAUAAGACCGCAUGUGCAUAAGCACGCGAUGACGGUAAAUUAGGUAGUUUUGUUCCUCUAAUUGUCGAAUUGCAUGUUUGUGCAUCGCAUCGUUAAGGCUAUAAAUUCGUUUGCAUCGAAUCUAACGGUGAUAUUACGUUGGAAAGAGGCCACGCCACACUUACGUAUGUUUGCAUAAGCGAUCAGAGAUAAAGCAGCGACCGAUCGAAGGAAUGAUUUUCGUUUAGUUUAUCUGCUUUUAUUGAUAUCGUAUACUUUCGAUUUCUAAGAAAAUGUGACGUAGAUAGAAUAUGAAAUAUCACUUUGACUUCAUAUAUGAGGAUAUUUUCCUUCACAGAGAAAGAAAUUAUCUCCACGUAUAUGAAGUCAUAGAAGGUUGUGUAAAUGUAAUUUUUGAAAGUGAAAUCACGUAGCCAGGCAAAGCGAACUUCAAGGACUAGAAUUAACCAAGAAUAUUACAAUCUAUGCCAGCAAUUCAUUCCCGAUCAAUUCUCCGUUGCUCCUUUGUUUCCAGAUCUCCUCUCGCUUUCUUCGCGCGUCUGUUUCCAUUUCUUCCUACCGUGAUCGCGAAAUGUCAGAAAACAAGAGGGACAUGGCGAGAGACAAUUAUCGAAAUCGCAAUGAAAUCGGGGAAAACGAAGAGGACGAUAGCGAAGUGAAGAUAAUAGGAAUCCAGAAGCGUUGCAAGCGGUGCAAAGAAGUGAAAAUCAAGACCGAGGUGCUCGACGAGAUCGAGGACUUUUCGGCGAACGACGAGUUGGAUGUCGAUGUUCCGUACGAAAGUGACUCUAGGAAGAAGAUACAGGAGCCACAGGAUUUUAUUUACACGUUCGAGAAACGUAGGAAAGAAAGAAGAAGAAGCUUGUCUUUGGUUAAAAGAGAAAUUACGUCGGACGAAUACGUAGACUUCGAGGAAUACAUAGAGGCGUUGACUACAGGGAAAAGAUUGAUUUGCAGCGUCUGCAGGAUAGAGUUUCCCGAUGAAGCGGAGUUCAAGACGCACAUGAUAGGGCACAGUCACGGAAAAUUGUUCCAGUGUGGCCUUUGUGCGAAGCAGUUUUCACGGUCCUCGGCUCUGAAAGAUCACCUCCGGCUGCACGAGACGUUCAAAGCCUUCAUGUGCAGGCACUGCAGCCUUCGAUUUCAGCAGAGGGAUCAGCUGAGGACGCAUCAGGCCGAGAUGCACUCAAACCGCAGGCCGUUCGAGUGCGGCGUGUGCAAGAAGAAGCUGCUCCAUCGGCAGUCGUUGCGCGAUCACAAGCUGAUGCACACCAAUGUGAAGCCGUUCGAGUGUUCGAUCUGCAAGAAGAGGUUCCUCCGGCCGAGUAGCCUCAGGGCACACAUGAUCGUUCACACCGCGGACUCGCCUUUCGAGUGCGACCUUUGUCCUGCCAAGUUUAAGAGGUCCUCCGUGUUGAAAACCCACAAGUUGACGCACACUGGUAUUAGAAGGUUCGAGUGCGACAUCUGCAAGCACCGGUUCCAUUUAAAGGGCGCGUUGAAACACCAUAUAUUGUCGCAUUAUGGCGUGAGACCAUACAAGUGCGAGGAUUGUGGCAAAUGUUACCGGAGGUCCUGGGGCCUGAAAGUGCACAGAUAUCGUCACACGGGGGUGAAACGAUUCGAGUGCGAUCUCUGCAAAUCGCGGUUCAGCGUGAAAACGAAAUUGGCCAAGCACAUUUACGGUCAUAUCGGCGAGAAACCGUACAAGUGCGAUUAUUGCGGUCGUCAGUAUGGUGAACGAUACCAAUUGAAGGCACAUAAAUGCGGCAACCCAGCUAAGACGAAGAUCAAUCGAUCUUAUUCAGAUUCGAUCACUCAGAUCGUGUUCUUUCGUCCCAAAUCGACGAGCAGUUCGUUCGAUUUGGAUACCAAGAUUCGAUGAUUGUAAUUAUCGAUCGUAUAUAUUCGUAUAUAUCCUAAUUAUGGAAUAACGAAAGAUAUUCAUUCUAGGUUUUAUAGAAGAUCGUUUGUAAUAUCGGAAAGAUGUAAAUUAAUUGAAAGAUCUCGUUGCCGAGGAAGCCAUUAAUUACGAGACCGAUUAAAUUAUUUAUCAACAAUGCAAAGAGGAACAAUGUACAUAGAAUGUUUGUUGAAUUGUUCAGUUUGUUAAAUACACGCCGGUUCUUAAGA